AUUUCAUUUUUGUAUCAUCUAAUUUUGGCAAUUCUGGAGCGAACUCUUGCAAAUUUAGUUUUCAGUGCGAAAGGGACAAAAACCCUCCUCCAGACUACAAAAAUCCUAGGUGAAGACUUGUUUAUGCUAGAACCAACUGAAGGCAUCCUCCAGCCACGCCACAGAUUGCAUCAUUUUUGAUAUGGAGACUUAGAUUACCCUUACGCAAGACAUUUUGCUUAAACCAAACAGCUUGAUCGCCGCCAGUGAACCAGCACUGGGAUACAUAUGGCUUGUCUGAGCCGCCAGAUUUGGCUGCUGUGGACUGCAGAACAAAAAAAUUCAACACAUUGCCUGAACUGACCUAAUGGUUCAGUCAGAAUACAUAAUACGCAAGGACUUGAGGUUAUUAAGGUUGACGGAGUCCAGCAUUUUAGUCAUUUGAACAUCAUGAGUGCAGAACCCUUCAAGCGGUUGGUGAAACUUGUGGCAAGGGCUUUUUAUGAUGAUAUCCCUACAAGAACGGAGAAUCAACCAAAAUCUGGAAGAAGUGAUAACAGGGGAAUGGCAGUUGUGGUCCUUGAUGCUUUAACUAGGCGGCAAUGGGUUAAGGAGGAUGAUUUGGCUAAGGAUCUAAAGCUACAUUCAAAACAACUUAGACGUACUUUACGAUUUUUUGAAGAAGAGAGGCUAAUUACCAGGGAUCAUCGUCGUGAGACUGCAAAGGGAGCAAAAGUUUUUAAUGCUGCUGUAGCGGCUACAGCAGAUGGUCAACAAAAUGGAAAAGAAGGUGAAGAAAAGUUGAAGCUUCAUACCCACUCUUACUGUUGUCUGGAUUAUGCACAGACAUAUGAUGUCGUAAGGUACAGAAUACACCGGAUGAAGAAAAGAUUGAAAGAUGAGCUGGAGGACAGGAAUACACUUCAGGAAUAUGUCUGUCCUAAUUGUCAUCGAAGGUAUUCAGCCUUGGAUGCACUUCAACUGAUUAGUAUGAGUUCAGAUGGUUUUCAUUGUGAAAACUGCAAUUCUGAACUUAUUGCCGAGAGUGACAAGUUGGCUGCAGAAGAAAAGGGUGAUGGAGAAGACAAUGGCAGGCGUCGAAGGCGUGAGAAGCUGAGAGAACUACUUGAAAAAAUGGAGGAACAACUGAAGCCAUUGAUGGAACAGAUAGCAAGAGUGAAAGAUUUAACUGUGCCUGAGUAUGGCAGUCUCCUUCAGUGGGAGGCUACAGCAAUUGCUGCUGGGCGUGCUGUUGGUGGGGAGCAUAACACAAAUGAAUCAUCAAAAUCUUCUCAAGGGCAAGGAUAUGGUGGAACUCCAAUGCCCUACCUUGGUGAGACAAAGGUUGAGGUAGCACUUUCUGGAAUGGAGGUGAAAGCAGAGGAUUCUAAAGAUAAUGUAUCUGUCAAAGUCCUUCCUCCUUGGAUGAUCAAACAGGGAAUGAAUAUUACUGAUGAACAGCGUGGUGAUGUGAAACAUGAGUUAAAGUCAGACAGCGGCUCAUCUUUUGCAGGUCCUACUUUAGACAGGAAGCCUGGAGAUGACAAAGGAGCUGUUGAUCAGAACAUACAGGAAGAAUACAUUAAGGCUUAUUAUGCUGCAAUCUUUAAGCAGCAGCAGCAAUCAGAAGUAAUGGCUGCUGCUACAACAGAAGCAGCUCCUUCUGAGCGUCGGGUUGGAAUGAAAGCCAAACGUGAAGAGGAAGAUGAUGAAGUAGUUGAAUGGGAAGAUGCUCCAAUAGCAGGUGCUACUCAUGGAGGAGGUGAAAUUGGAAAUGCUAAAGACAGUUUGGAUGAUACUAGUCCCCAAGUUGCUGUAUUUACAGAUGAUAAUGUACCUGUAGAAGAAGAAGAAGAAGAAGAAGGAGAAGAAGAUGACAUCGAUUGGGAAGAAGGUUGAGGAUUUAGAUGUGAUGCUUGAUGCUGAAUGCCAUUUUGAUUGGCAGAUAUUCUUUCCACACCAGUAUUAAAGAAUUCAAAUUUGUUCCAUUUUCAUGAUAUAGAUUGAUUUUUUGCGAGUAAAAUAUCUCACAUUAUGUUUGCAAGUCUGCAUGUACAGAGGAUCGUCUCCAAUAGAGAAGUCCUUGUCAGAGGACUUUUUGUGACAAGUUGCUUAUUUAUAGAAAGCUGUUUCUGGUUUAAAUUGUGUACAAGAUUUUUGAAUCAGAAACAGCUUUCUAUUUAUUCUAUGGAUCGUGGAAAUCUCUUAUCAUUGAGUUGCUUAUCGUUUGGAAAGAUUAAAAUGAGAAUUGUUUUAGGCCAACA